AUGAAUAGAUUUUAAGAUGCAUUGAAACACCAUGAUUUAGCUAUUUUGAAAUACCCUGAAAAUGCAGAAUAUUAUCGUGGAAAAGGUAUAACUAACUUCAUAUAAUUUAAUAGCGGAUACUCUGCAAUAAAUGAAUAGAUAUGAAGAAGCUAUUAAAUAUUAUAAUUUAGCUAUUUAAAAAAAUCCAAAACUUCCAUGUAUUUUAAUAACAAAGGUAAUGAAAUUUGUUUAACUUCUUAGCUUCUACUCUAUAUAAAAUGAAUAGUAUCGAAGAAUCAUUGGAAUAAUUUGAUUAAGCAAUUUAUUAAAACCCUGAAGAUUCUAAUUAUUAUCAUAAUAAAGGGUAAAAAGACCCAUAUAAUUUUAUAUUUAUUGAAAAGAUUUGAGGAAUCAUUGAAAUAUUUAGAUUUAGCUAUUAAUAGAAACCCUGAAAAUCCAAAAAAUUAUCAUAGCAAAGGUUGAAUUAACUUUUAAUUUAGCGCUAACUUUAGAAAAAAUGAAUAGAUUUGAAGAGGCAUUGGAAUACUACGAUUCAGCUAUUCAGAAAAACCCAGAAAUACCAGACCAUUAUAAUGACAAAGGUAAAAUUUAGGUUACAUACGUUUUAGCUAAUACUUUACAUAAUAUGGAUAGAUUUAAUGAAGCAUUGAAAUAUUUUGACUAUGCUAUUUAGAAAAACCCUGAAAAUCCUCUUUAUUAUCGGAACAAAGGUAUAAUUAAAACUACGUAAUUUCUAGCUGUGACUAUGGAAGCAACGAAUAGAUUUGUAGAAGCUUUGGAAUAUUAUGAUUCAGCUAUUUCCAUAUACCCUGAAAAUGCAGACUAUUAUUAUGGCAAAGGUAUUAUAAAUUUGACAAAAUUUUUAGCAAAUACUUUACUAAGAAUGAAUAAAUUUGAAGAAGCAUUGUAAUAGUGUGAUUCAGCUAUUUCAAAAAACCCAGAAAUUUCAGAUUAUUAUAAUAGCAAAGGUAAUUGAAACUAUUAUAAAUGUUUAGCUUAUUUAUUAUAUUAAUUGAAUAGAUAUGAAGAAUAAUUAAGAUAAUAUGACUUAGCAAUUCAGAAAAACUCUAAAGAUUCUGAUUAUUACAAUAACAAAGGUAAACCUAAAUUAGCAUAAUUGUUUAGCUUAUUUAUUAUAUUAUUUGAAUAGAUAUGAAGAAUCAUUAAAAUUAUAUUACUUAACUAUUUAGAAAAACCCUAAAAAUAUAAAUUAGUGUUAUAGCAAACGUAUAAUUGAAUCUCCAUCACUUGUUAUUUAAGAUCUCCUUUAAAAGUUGUUGUUUAUCAAUUUAUUUUUAGUAAGAAUGUCAUAGAUAUGA